AUGGCAAGCAAUAAAUGGAAUGAACAGUAUCUUAAUCAUGAUGAUUACUCAUUCUUUAAAACUAAUUUCAAAAUCAAUCGUAAACUCACAGAGAACGAAGGAAAAAACCUUAAAACUAUAAUUGAACUUUUAGGAGAUGCAUCAUAUAAUACAGAAAUCUUUAACAAUAUAUUAGAAUUACUAAUGAAAUAUUUAAAUAGCGGUCAUGUUAUGUAUAACUGUCGUUCUGAUAAAUGUUGUAGGUAUAUUAAUUAUUCGAUAGCUAAAAAAUUUCGAGAAAUAAAUUAUGUUCAAUAUAUUGAAAGUAAGUUUAACAUUUUCAAAAAAUUCAUGGAGGGAUACUAUAAAACUACAAGAUUUUGGGACUGUAAAGAUCGUUUAGAUUACAUAAAUCCUCUUAUAUUGUCAAGAAUGGAUAUAUUAUAUGAUUUGUAUGAUAAGUACAAUUACCUUAUUUCUCUUAAAAGCAAUGAUGCAAAUAAUAAAUUAUGUAUUACCCUUAGUUUAAUAGCUAGGGAAUAUAGGGAAGCCAUAAAGCUUCAUGAAGGAGAUGAAAAUUUUAUUAAAGAAUUAGAAAAUUUUAGAAAGUUUAUUCUAUCAAAAAACCCGAAUUACAAUAGAGCAUGCGGUUGGAACUUAACUUCUAUAACGCUACCGAAUCCAGUUACCCCACAUCAGGAUGAAAUGCAAGAACAGAAAUUAAAUUCACAUGUUCCGACACAACAACCCUCACUUAAUGAAUUAGAGAAGAGUAGAACUGUGGUGGGUGCAACAGAUGAAUCAGAAUUAUCAAGACUACCAGGAUUACAAUCAGAAUCCUUACAAUUAACAGAAGUGAAACCAAAAUCCCUACAACCAACAGAAGUACAAGCACUACCAGUAAACCCAUUGUCAGCACAUCCACAAUCAUCACAUCCACAAUCAUCACAUUCAGAAUCAUCACAUUCAGAAUCAUCUCAUCCACAAUCAUCACAUUCAGAAUCAACACAAUCAGAAUCAACACAAUCAGAAUCAACACAUUUAGAAUCAACACAUUCAAAUCCAGUACAAUUAAAACGAGAACAAGCAGAAGCAGAAGAAUUUCAUGAUAUACAAUUGCCAUCAAAUCAUCAUUCACAAAAUGAAUGGCAAACACGAGAAUUUAUGGAAUCAAUAGAUCAAAAAACGCAUAAUUCAGAAUAUCCCAUUAAAGACGCAGAACAUACAGAUGGUCUCUUUGGUAAAAUGCGAGAAAUUUUUGCUGGCACUUUAGGAGAAGUUGAUCCAGUACCUGUAGUUGGCGUAUCUGGUGGGAUGGGUGCUUUAUUUUUACUUUUUAGGUAUACACCAUUUGGAACCUUCUUUAGAGGAGGAAGAGGACGUGCACAUAGAAUCCCGCGUAGUUUCAAUGGGCAAUUUCCAGGAUUUCCAGAUUAUUACGAAUAUGACCGUGGGUAUAUUGGAUAUGCUCCAAUGAAUAUAAAUCCUCUAGCGGAAUAG